AUGGCAAAACGAUCAGCUCUCACCCAGUCCGAUUCAAUACUAAGCAUCCAAUCCACGAGAAGCAGUGUCUCCUUCACAACCAUAGAAGUUCACGAACAUGCCAUGAUUCUCAGUGACGGUCCAUCUGCAUCAGGUGGCCCCGCCGUAGAACUAGAUUGGAGUCCGCAAUCCGAGUCCACCAUGAGUUUGGAAGAAUACGAAGCGAGCAGGAUACAACGCAAGAAGUCUAUUCCACAAAUGAUGAUUCCUGGCAGUUUCCGAACAGCCAUAUUGGUAGAAAGCGGGUACACCAUGAAUGAAAUCACGGAAUCGGCUUCCAAAGCAGCUCCACCGAGACCAUCCUUGCGCAAAAGCAUUUCCAUAAGGGCGAAGAAAUUUCUCAAGUCACGAUCCUGGAAAUCACUUUCGUAA